CGCGUAUCUAUCACGUCACAAUACUUAUUCUGUUCACACUCACACUCGGGUCACAUUCAGUCAAAACGUCGGCGUAUGCGCAAGCGCGAGACGUAUUUAUCGCGGUUCUAACGUGAAAAGAUAUUGAUCAUUGUUUUUACAUGAACAUGUGCUGAUAACAAUAAGUGAAAAUGUUUGAACAAAGUUACUGUUACAAGUUUUAUAUUACUUUAGCAUUUUGUUUAGCGUCAGUGAACUGUUAUUCAACAGAAUCGACAUGUUGCACAGAAGAGAAAGGGAUAUUAAUGGAUGGUUUGGAUUACUGUGAACAUCCAACUGAUGGAACUUAUACACCUUUAGAUCUUGAUUGCAAUACGACAGAACACUAUUUUUUAUCAUAUUUAAACAUAUCACUGGCAGAGGAUGGGUCUCUCGAGAUGACUAACGACGCCAAUAUUAGAAUAUCGGCAGGAAGGUUCUGUAUAGCUGACAGGACGGUGAAUGACUCGGAAGCUAUGCUGGUGCUAUGUAAUGAUAAUGUGGAAGAGGCGAAUGGAAACAACGCCUACAUCUCCUACUGCAUGCUUGUAUCCGUCGUGUUUCUAUUUCUAACUGCUAUUGUCUACUGCAUAUUACCAGAAUUAAGAGACAUGCAGGGGAAGAGUAUUAUAAAUUUCUGCAUAAGUUUAUCAUUCGCUCUUUGUUUGUUCAGCGUGUCCAACCUUGUGAUUGCGGAAAAUAUGAUGUCUUGUACUAUUCAAACAUUUUUCAUAUACUUCUUUUUUAUGGCGAGCUUUUUUUGGACGAAUGCUAUUUCAAUACAGAUUUUCCAAGCGGUAAGGAGGCCCGUCUUGCUUGACUAUGGUUGGAAAAAAUUCUUUUUCUAUGCCUUAUAUGCAUGGGGAUGUCCUGUCCUUCUUACAAUGUGUAUGGCUAUUGUAAAUUUUCAUCCCGGAAACCACCAUAAACCAGGAAUUGGGAUUUAUACCUGUUGGUUUAGAGAUAAGUAUCAGCAGUGGUACUACAUGUACAGUGUUAUGCUGAUCAUAUUGCUAGUAAACUUCGCGCUCUUCAUUUACACAUGUAUAUGUUUGUGGAGGCAGUCGUUUUCGUCGACUAACAUCAAAGCGAUGAAAUACAAAACUGCAAUGAUGCUGAAGUUGUGCAUUGUAAUGGGGUUGCCAUGGAUAUUUGAGAUGAUCAGCACUUUAACGCAUCCGCAUAUCAUUUGGACUAUACUGGACAUAUUUAACGUGUUGCAAGGGCCGUUGCUGUUUCUCAUCCUUGUGGUGUUCCGUCGACGAACUAUCAAAGCGCUUUAUAAGAAAGGCUACCUGGAUUGCAUAUCGGGAAUGGUUGAAAAGCACUUGGCAGUCGCUGAAGAUGACGAAGAUGUCGUUGAACAUACAACCGGAAUUGCCUUGGAAGUUAAAUAGAAUCUGAUUAUACGUAUACUAUAUGGUUAGAGCGACAAAGAAAACAUGAGAUAUCCAAUCCAAUAGAUACAUAACUUCGUACAAAUACAAUGCCCGGAACAAUUUCCUUACAGAUUAAUUAUUAUAUUUGGUGCUGGUAACACAUAUUUUAAACCAUGGAGUAAGUUGGUCGGAAAUUUUGAAGAAUUAGUAUUGUCACGUUCCAUUGCAUUAUUCUUGUAUUCGUUACUUAUGAAAAAAUGUGUAUGUACAUAAUAUAAACAUGCAUUGUGUGGAACAUACAGAUUUGAUAAUAUAAUUAUAUUAUUAUAAAAUUCGACAAUAUUUAACGUUUCAACAAUUUUUCUAAAAGUGUGCAUUAUGGUAAUUACUGUGAAUAAUUUUUUGCAUAGCUAUCCCUAACUUGAUUAAUUCCGUGGCAAUAACAUAACGACUGUGUGAAACCGUCAAGACAACUAUAAAUUUAACAACGUAGGUAAUAUACAUCAUAAGUAAAUCCACAUCAUGACGUUUCUAAAUUCUAGUCUACAUAUAGUUUAGCCAGAACAUAGAUUUGUAGUUUUCAUGAUUUUUUUAUGAUACCGUCAAAUGUCAAUACUUUAAUUUUGGUUAGAACGCGUUUUCCCUAGUUAUAACUGGUUGUAACUAAAUGCUUUUGUAACAAUCAGUUCUAAUUUCUUGAAAAGGCUCAUGGACAGUGCUCAUCUUUUGCUUAUUGCUAUUUUUAGACUUAGUUGACAUACCGUUCUAAAUUAAUUACACUGUGAGCACACCACAGAGUAGCUAAUUCUUUAGUCAUACUUAUGAUGAUACUGUGCCACACUUCUAUUUCACGGCCUAAGUGAAUGAAUUAGUUUAUGUGGUGGUCUAUUUUGUUUGAUCGAUCUAUUUCUUUGUACUUAUUAAAAACGCAUUUUUCCUAUAUUUGUAUGAAAAAUACGACUUUUUUAUUCGUUAUAUUUUGUAUAUGUUCAAUAUAUCGUAAUAAACCAAGUAGACACCGGAGUUUUAAUAAAUUGCGGUAUUGUGGUUCCCACCCAGUAUAAUACCUAGUCAAAAAUAUGUAUAUAUUAUAUAUACAAAUGUGUAUAUGUAUAAAACUUAUAAAUACUUGUAAGGCAUUUAAGAUUUGAUAUACUUGAUAAUUAUGCAAAGUCUGAAGAGAUAAGAAGUUUCUUUAAAUUUUAUUUAUAGAACUAAACAUUUCACAAUUUUAUACUGUGUGUUUUUAUAUUUUUAUAGCUAGCUAAUAUUUUAUACAUAAUGACACUGUAAUUUACAACAGGCUAUAAGUAUAAUUCGUAAUAAUAAUCUUUAUUUUUGAAUAAAAAUUCGAUCGCAUUUUGUCAUACAAAAUUGUAUUUCUUAAUGUAACUUUUUUGUACUUAACAGUUAUGUAACUUAACAAUUUUUAAUAGCACCUCUACCUAAAUUUAGAUAACUGAAGAAGCCCUUUUCACAAAUAGUAUAAUGACGUAGGUUUAUGUUGUCGCAUUAAGAAUAUGUCACUAAAACCGUUAAAUUGCAAGAACUGUUAUAAGAGCAUUGUAAUAACUAUUAUAAUAUCACUAGUGAAAUUGUAAUAUCACGGCUUUGACAAUAGAGCUGCGACAUAUAAGAACCUUUAAAAUCAGUCAGUGGUUUAGGAGUGAGGAGAUAGAUACUACUUUUGCAUUUAUAUUAUUAUAGUAUUAAGGAUUUAGAUACUGAUAGUCUUAAUCAGAUCUCUUAAUAAAUUAAGAAUUGCAUUUUUAAUUGACGUUUCAACCUAUCUUAUAUUUUUCUGUUUAUAUUUUCAAGGUGUACCUUGUAGCAUAUAAGUACUUACCGUUGUUGUUUCCUAUUAUUGAACGUAAUAAAAUAUCUUUUGAUUA